AUGUCAGACAAAUUAGUUCCUUCGGAUCCCGAGAAAGUCAUGGUUAUUCGUGACGUAACAGCUAAUAUCACCACACUCUCCGUACCUUUCUUACGAUUUGGCAUGGUGAAAUUCGGCGGUCGAGCCACCAUUGUACGCCUCACAUCCGGGCAACUAGCCGUCUUCUCGCCCGUGGCCCUCACCCCCUCCGUCACCACCAAGCUGCUCUCCCUCGGAAACCGCGUCGCAUACGUUGCGGCUCCAGAUCUCGAGCAUCACAUAUUCCUCUCCGACUGGCACCGCGCCUAUCCCAACGCGCACUUCAUUGCGCCAGAAGGGCUCGCCGAGAAACGAGCCGAGCAAUCCAAGAGCGAUAAAAAAGUCACCAAUAUACAUUUCCAAAGCAUUUUCACCAAGAAGAAUAAGGCCGAGAUGAAGAUUUCUGAAGAAUUCGAUGCGGAUUUCGAAUAUGAGUUUGUGGAUGCGCAUCCGAAUAAGGAAGUGGUGUUUUAUUACAAGCCGGAUCGAACGUUGAUACAAGCCGAUCUGUUGUUUAAUUUGCCGGCUACAGAGCAAUAUUCUAAGACGGGGGUGGAUGCGAGUUCGGGGUGGGCGACGAAGUUGUUGGGGGCGAUUCAGAAUACGAGGGGCUCGGCGAUCUGGCAGAAGAGAAUGCUUUGGUAUGUGUUUAGUAAGAGUGAUAGGGAGGGUUUCAAUCAGAGUGUCAGGAGAAUUAAUACAUGGGGUUUUGAGAAUAUUGUGCCGUGUCAUGGGGAUACGAUGGUGGGUGAUGGGAAGGGUAUCUUUGAAAAGGUCUUUGCGUGGCAUUUGCAGGGAAAGAAGUGA